AUGGGAAGACCUAUGAUAUGGAAUCGCAAAGCUUUAUUGCCAUUGCGUCGAUACGGCCCAAAUACUAGUACAAACCAACCACCAAUCCUUAGAAUCGACAAUGGCACAUUCUAUCGCCACCAUCCCACUUCCAGCCAUCAUGUCGCCGGACAAAAAAAUCCCGCUUUAUUUGAGAAGUUACAGUUUGAGAUACCUUCUUUCUCAGAAAAGCAGAAGCAUUGGGCUAUAUUGGGAGCUUCAUCGUCGGGAAAAACUACACUACUGCAGAUCUUGAGAGGGGGACUUUUGUGUAUUCCUCCAAUUGCGCGAUCGUACCCAUACCUAAGCAGCAAUGCUGUUACGGCCAAUGAAUCCCAGUUACGAACCCCAAGUAAGGCGAUUAGAUAUGUAGGAUUCGAUGGGGAACAAGGGUUAGGGAAACAGGCGCCGAAAAGUGCAUAUUUAAGUGCGAGAUAUGAGUCGAGGAGAGAGAAUACGGACUUUAGUGUACGGGAUUAUCUACAAGGUAAUACGGAACUCAAUCCUUCGACGAAGAUAGAUAGUGGUGAGUUAGAUGACGAGAUACUCGCACGUGUUGUAAAGGAUUUAAGCCUGGGGGAGCUACUGAAUUUGCCGGUAUCGAAUCUGAGUAAUGGACAAACGAGACGGGCAAGAAUAGCGAGAGCGUUGUUGGAGAAUCCCGAGGUGCUAUUGUUGGAUGAGCCAUUCAUGGGGCUGGAUCCUCCUACGUUGUUAACGUUAAGUCCAAUGUUACAUCGAUUGGCGAGGGCGGAUACUCCAAGACUUGUGUUGUCUUUGAGGCCUCAGGAUCCUAUACCGUAUUGGAUUACAGAUAUGGUAUAUUUGAAGGGAAAUUGUGAAGUUGCUUUCUCGGGACCAAAGAAUCAUGUUUUGAGACAAUUGAGAAACCAUGUUUGUAGAAGCAAAGAUGGGCGGGAUGAAUUGAAUCUUCAUUUGACUCCGUCAUCUUUAACAGAGAUUGGCCGGAGGUUAGUUUUGGAUGGGAUCGAACAACCUAAAUAUUUGGAAUAUAUGACUCCAAACAGCAACCAGAAGAUAUUCAAACAAGGAAAAUGGGAGAAGACAAGUCCAAUGAGCCGAGAUGGAUACCCCUUGAAUCAUGUUCAACCAUGUGAGACGGGUGAGGCACUAAUAGAGAUAGCAGGUGCUCGAGUAAAGUAUGGAGAUAAAUCUGUACUUGGAAAUUGGACAGAAAAGAUAGACGGCGUUGAAAAGGAUGGUUUAUGGUGGAAUGUGAAACGAGGUGAGAGAUGGGGUAUUUUCGGUCCAAAUGGUUCUGGGAAAACGACACUUCUAUCUUUAAUCUGUUCCGAUCAUCCUCAAACCUAUUCUCUUCCUAUUCGACUAUUUGGUAAGUCCAGAUUACCAGAACCCGGCAAGCCUGGAAUAUCCAUCUUUGAUCUUCAAUCCAGAAUUGGUCACUCGAGUCCUGAAAUCCACAAUCAUAUCCCUCGCAACCUUACCUUGAGGAAGGUUCUCGCCAAUGCAUGGGCAGAUACUUUCAUGGGCUUACCAAAAUUAAAUGAUAACGCGAAUGAGCACAUAGAUGCAGCUUUGAGAUGGUUCGAACAAGAUCUGAGACUAGGGGAAGCCAUUGGUCAAACUGGUCAAAUUGAUCAGAACGAACCACCCACAUGGGCCAACGAUUUUCUUUUCCGCGAAAUGCCAUUCUCAUCUCAAAGAGUGGCUCUUUUCCUUCGCGCUAUCAUCAAAGCUCCUGAUCUCAUCAUCCUCGACGAAGCAUUUAGCGGUAUGGACGAUGGUGUUCGCGAUCGAUGUCUACUAUUUCUAGCUCAUGGCGAAGAAAAACAACUCGCACAGGUACAGGUUCAAAGAGAUGCCUGGUCUGAUGAACCGGCGUUAAAUUUAAUUCGUUCCCAAAUCAUCGAAUCCGAUAUCUCGAAGGAGGGAAAUGUGAAGAUUAAAGGAUUGAAUAAGAAUCAAGCACUUCUUUGUAUAAGUCAUGUGAGAGAAGAGAUACCAGGGAGUGUGAGGGAUUGGAUUUGUUUGCCGGAUGCUAAUACGGGGGAGUCGGCGAGGGUUGGGAAGUUGGAUGGGCCGAUUGAGGGGGAUUGGAGGAGGUGGAGUGAUAUUUGGGGGUUGGGGGGUAAGUGA